UCUUCUUCUUUCUCACACUACUCUCUCUCUCUCUCUCUCUCUCAUGGAGGGAAGGUCACCUGUGAUAGCAGGCAAAAGACUAUGGCAUAUCAUACGCGCAGUCAUGUACAUGCUGAGGAAGGGCCUCUCCAAACAGAAGGUCCUGCUUGACCUCCACCUCAUGAUGAAGAGAGGAAAACUCGCCGGAAAAGCCAUCGGCAACCUCAUGUUCCACCGGUAUUCCUCCCUCAGCUGCCGCUCCGACGGCAUUAGCGUCGCCGCCUACGCUCCCAAUGAAUACGAAUUCAGUUGCAGCAACACCCCUGCCCAUUUCUUCCCUUUCCAACGCCAUGACAAGCGGAAACACCACCACCAACAUCGCCGGAAUGGCUCCCUCUCUUGUAUAUACCCCGACUCUUCCGACCACAAGUUUGCCGCCUCCUUCCAAAAGGCGCUCGAGAUACUGAAUUCCGACCUUUCCGGCAAGGAGACGCCGACGCCAUUGUCCCCAACACUCUGUGGCUUGAGCCCGAUGGCGUCUCCGCGCCCCCUGAGGGUCACCGACUCCCCAUUCCCUCUGAAGGAAGAGGAAGACGACGAUCACCGCAUCGACAGGGAGGCCGAGGAAUUCAUCGCGAGGUUCUAUGAGCAGCUACGAUCACAGAGGCAAACGGCCAUCCUUGAGGCACGUUAGCAGUGCACGCUAGCAGGUCGUGCCACAUCGUUUUCCGGCAGACCGGUGGUUUCUCCGGCGACUCGCAUAUUGAUAUGUUAAUAACCCGUGUACGACAUUGUGUUUAUAGCAUCAAUAUCUUAUGAGAUCGUAUAAAGCUCGAAUUUUUUGUGUUC